GCGUCCACGUUGUGAUUGUGUGUCUUCACGCGCCCCCUCCUGUUGCGCACGCGCAGGCGGUUGAUCGCGCGCCUCGCCUGGCAUCACGCACAAGCCGCCGUGCACGCAGCGGAGGAGCAGCCAGCUGACAAGUUCCGUGAACAAGACGCCACACGUCCGCCAUGGGAGGCAAACUGAGCAAGAAGAAGAAGGGCUACAACGUCAACGAUGACAAAACCAAAGACAAGGACGCCAAGGCAGAGGGGGCAAGUCCCGAGGACAACCAGACGCUGAAAGACAACAAAGAUGAGGCCGCCGCUUCCGCCGACACCAAGGAGGCAGCCAACGACACAGUGGCCAAGGAGGCUCCCGCCAAGGAGGAGAACAACGCCACCAAGGAGCCAGAUAAACCUGCCACCAACGCUGAGGCCAAAACGGACGGCACCAAGAGCGCCGAGCCUGCCAAGGCCGAGGAGACUCCGGCCACCCCUAAGGAGCUGCCCCCCGCCGCUAAGGAGGGUGGCAAAGAUGAGGCCGAUGCCAAAAAGACUGAGGCCCCCAAAGUUGAGGCGGCCCCCAAAGCCGAGGCAGCCCCCGCUGUGUCCCCGGACCCCAAAGCCACGGCGGCCCCGGCCAAGGAGACCCCGAGUUCAACAGCGACCCUCGAAGCUCCGCCCAAAGAGGCCAAUGCCACAGAGGCACCCAGCAAGGAUCAAAGUGUAGCAGCUCAAGAUUAAUGGACAGUUGACCACACCACGACAAGGCCCCGCCCACUUUGGACAAUAACAACCAAUAAUAAUCAAGACCACCCUGGAGCACCCGUCCCACCCUCCCCCCAGUAGACUACUAUUAUUAUUGUUGUUGUUUAUGUUAUAUUCCGCUUACCUUUGACACCAGCAUCAUCACCAUCCUAUGUCAUCACACCUUAGCCACUCCCACUCUCCCCAGCUGACAACAAAUGUCUGUGCUCUGGUUCUGGUCCACAAACAAGAAUCACAACCAGGAAAUUCAUUGAUCUACUUUAUGAUCUCUUUCAAACCAAGCAAAACUUCCUAGAAGUAAAACAGAGAUUCUUAGGAGUAAAGCAUAACUUCUUAGACGUACUGUAAAAGAAGAUGUCUUAGAAGCAAAAGACAAGCUUUGAUAAAACACCCUCUCCAUGUUAGCAUGUUGUCCUUUCAUGCUUUCAUGCAUUCAUGCAUUCUUCUAUGACAACCAUCCUGACGCAAAACAUCCAUCAUUAGCACCUCCCCACACGUGUGUGCAUGUACAGUAUCAGUCAAAAGUUUAGAGGCACUUUGUCAUGCUAGUGAAUGAAGGCGUGUCCAAACUUGGGGCUGCUACUGCACCUCCUUCAUCUUCUUCUUUUUCACGUCACCAUCUUGCAUGUCCAUGCUGGUCGUGUAUUUUUGUUCCCCAAAAAAUAAAAGAUGCUGAUGAUGAUGGUUUGUGUUUCCAUGGCAACCGUGUUUUCAUCCCAGCAGCAUUCGCUCCACGUCCAAAAGGCAAAACAAGAAAUGGAAAGUUUCCAGGUUGUGUGUAAACUUGUUGACAAAUAAAAAAACAGAGCUUCACAUGUUCAAAUAUU